UGACCAGAGAUGGUCACAAAGAUGGCUCCUGUCUGUGAGUUUGGUCGGUGCAAGUCUUACUGUACAGUGUUCGUGUGUGUGACGCUCUCGGCUCUUCUGAUCCGUGUUCAGACAGAGAUCAGCUCGGUCGUUCUGGACAAGCAGACGGGUCAGCUGAAAGUGACCUCAGAGCUGGACCCCGACUUUAUCGCGUGGGCGAAUUUCACUGAUCAAAUUAAACAAACCGGGUGGGCGUACCUGGAGGUCACUACAAGUGGGAAAUACAAUGACAGUCUGCAGGCGUAUGCUGCUGGACUGGUGGAAGCAGCACUCACCCAGCAGCUUAUCUACAUGCACUGGAUGAACACCAUGGUGGGAUACUGUGGACCCUACAAAUACGACACCGGAUACUGCCAGCGCCUGAAGGAUUACAUCAUCCGCAACCUGCAAUGGAUGCAGGGGCAGAUGGAGAGUGGCGAGGACCCCCAGUACUGGCACCAGGUUCGCUUGGCACUGCUGCAGCUGCGUGGUUUGGAGGACAGCUACAACGACCAGAUUCUCCUCCCUCUAGGAUCCUUCUCCUUGAACCCCUUCGGAUUCCUGCUAUUCAAUCUGGGCGGAGACCUGGAGGAUCUUGAAUCCGCCCUAAACAAGACGGACCAAUCACGAGCACUGGGCUCCGGCUCCUGCUCCGCCCUCAUCAAGCUGUUGCCAGGCAAUAAGGACCUGCUGGUGUCCCAUGACACCUGGAAUAACUACCAGUCCAUGCUGCGCAUCAUGAAGAAGUACUCCUUUGCUUUCCAGGCCUCUCCUCAAGCGGAGUCCACUAUCCCUGGAGGGGUCCAGGCCUUCUCCUCCUACCCGGGCUCCAUAUUCUCAGGGGACGACUUCUACAUUCUGAGCAGUGGAUUGGUUACCCUGGAAACAACGAUCGGGAACAGUAACCCCGCCCUCUGGAAGUUCGUCACUCCUGAGGGGACGGUGAUGGAGUGGUUGCGGAACAUGAUAGCCAAUCGGCUGGCAAAGACAGGAAAGGAGUGGGCGGGGCUAUUCAGCAAGUUCAACAGUGGAACGUACAAUAACCAGUGGAUGAUUAUUGAUUACAAUUACUUUACCCCUGGGAAGACAGACAUCAAGGAGAACCUGUUUACUGUUUUGGAGCAGAUUCCGGGCCUCAUUAUGAUUGCAGAUAAAACUGAGGAGUUGUUCCGGAAGGGCUACUGGGCGAGCUAUAACAUACCGUACUUUGAGCGCAUCUUCAAUGCCAGUGGUGGGCCUGAACUGGUGCAGCAGUAUGGAGACUGGUUCUCCUUCGACUUGAACCCGCGAGCACAGAUCUUCCGUCGAAACCACAGCCAGGUCAUCGACAUGGAGUCCAUGAUCCGCCUCAUGAGGUACAAUAACUUUCUGGAGGACCCCCUGUCUGUGUGCCAGGGCUGUAACCCCCCUCACAAUGGGGAGAACGCCAUCUCCGCCCGCUCGGACCUCAACCCGGCUAACGGGACAUACCCCUUCGGAGCCCUGAAGCAGAGACCCCACGGAGGCACUGACAUGAAGGUCACUUCCUUCUCCCUGUAUCGAGACUACCAGCUCCUGGCUGUCAGUGGGCCCACGUGGGACCAGGUGCCCCCCUUCCAGUGGAGCAGCUCCCCCUACAACCGGCUGCUGCAUAUGGGGCACCCUGACACCUGGGCCUUCCCUGUGGUGAGAGUGUUCUGGGGCUGAAGGGAAGGGCUGCUCCUUCCCAGGCAGAGGGCGGGAAACCUGCUCAGCCUUUUCUUACCACACCUCAAAGCAAUGCCUUGUUUUUAUCUGCUUCGUGAAACCAAUAUGAAAAAUAAUCAGUCUUAUUCCAGUAUCCUCUUUAGAUGUGUAACAUACAUUUUGAAUUGUGCAGUUCUGAUGCGCAU